AUGGGCGGACUGCCCACGCUGUUACACGGGGCCGAUGGAUAUAUCGCCUCUCAGGCGGAGGUGAGAGACAUGUGGCCUGAGGACAAGAUGCCGCCCACGUCGCCGGGAGAGGGAAGCAUGGAUGUGUCCCGGACGGAGGGGGAUCCCCCGAGCGAGCUCACAGAUGAACUCUCCCAGAUUUCGGCCAGAAUGCUGACAAAAGCAGACACAAGCAAGCUGGCACAAGAGCUGCGCGCAGCCCUCCGUGAGGAACUGGUGGGCCUUCCGCGCGGACCUGACGACGCUUGA